AUGGGGUGGAAGAAGUAUUAUCUGGAUGAGAUUCUGGUGCCUUUAGGAUUUGUAAUUACAAUUACUUAUUAUGUUUGGCUAUGGCAUAAGGUUCGAACACAACCUUUGAUCACCACAUUUGGAAUCAAUUCUCGUAUCCGACGGAUCUGGGUUCCUUCCAUCUUGAAGGAUUUAGAUAAGAAGAACGUAUUGGCAGUUCUGUGCCUUCGGAAUCUGAUGAUGGGGUGCGCUCUUAUGGCCACCACCUCCAUCGUCCUAUCUGCAGGUCUAGCGACCGUGAUAAGCAGCAUUUACAGCGUCAAGAAGCCUCUAAACGACGCCGUCUACGGAGGCGAUUACAGCGAGUUCUUGGUGUCCCUUAAGUACGUAACUAUCCUCGCCUUCUUCAUAUUCUGCUUCUUCUGCCACUGUCUCUCCCUCAGAUCCUUCAGCCAACUGAGCACCCUCAUAUGCACUCCGCCGCCGGCAGGAGACGACGUCGUUGCGGCCUCCGUGGUGACCCCACAAUACUUGACUCAACUGUUGGAGAAGGGCACUGUGCUGAACACAGUGGGCAAUAGGCUUUUCUAUUCGGCUCUGCCUCUCUUGCUUUGGAUCUUCGGACCUGUCUUCGUUUUACUCUGCAAUAUCGCUAUUUUGGCUGUGCUUUACCACUUGGACUUUGUGGUCCCUAGUGAUGACGUGAAAAUGAUUCUUGCAAUACUGAAAGUGAUUAGGGGCACGCGAUGGAAGUUUCAAUUGGAAACUGAUGAAGAAGAAACCACCAAGCAAAACCAACAGACUCCACACACGACACUUGCUGAAAAACCAAAACAAAACAAUAAGCAGAAGAAGAACGAACUCUGCAGAACGCCUUUCAGAUAG